AAAAUGGCGCUGGUGUCGGCGGACACCCGGAUAUCGGAGUUAUUGAAUGAACUGCACCAGCUCAUCAAGCAGACGCAGGAGGAGAGGUCGAGAAGUGAGCACAACCUGGUGAACAUCCAGAAGACUCACGAGAGGAUGCAGACCGAGAACAAGAUCUCUCCUUAUUACCGCACCAAACUGCGAGGACUCUACACCACAGCCAAGGCCGACGCUGAGGCAGAGUGCAAUAUUCUGCGCAGAUCUCUGGAUAAAAUUGCUGAAAUCAAAUCUCUUCUGGAGGAGAGACGAAUCGCUGCAAAGAUCGCCGGGCUGUACCAUGACUCGGAGCCUCCCCGCAAGACUAUGAGACGAGGGGUGCUCAUGACCCUACUCCAACAGUCCGCCAUGACCCUUCCCUUGUGGAUCGGAAAACCUGGAGAGAAGCCCCCUCCUUUAUGCGGUGCCAUCCCUGCGUCCAGCGAUUACGUGGCCAAGCCUGGUGACAAGGUGGCGGCGAGGGUUAAGGCGGUGGACGGCGACGAGCAGUGGAUUCUGGCCGAGGUGGUCAGCUACAGCCACGCAGCAAACAAGUAUGAAGUGGACGACAUUGACGAGGAGGGGAAAGAGCGUCACACACUCAGUCGUCGGAGAAUCAUCCCUCUGCCGCAGUGGAAAGCCAACCCAGAGACGGACCCGGAGGCUUUGUUCCAGAAGGAUCAGCUGGUACUAGCGCUGUACCCCCAGACAACAUGUUUCUAUCGGGCCCUGAUACACGCUCCUCCGCAGCGGCCUCAGGAUGAUUACUCUGUACUGUUUGAAGACACGUCGUAUGCUGACGGAUACUCUCCCCCCCUGAACGUGGCUCAGAGAUAUGUGGUCGCCUGUAAAGAACCAAAGAAGAAGUGAAGUUUGUUGCUCGGUGUGCAGUACGUGACUCCACUUUCUAUUUGGAUAUUACUUAAAGUGACUCCUGAUG